ACACCGACGGGAAGUCAGAGGAAAACUCCGAUGCAAUCCGGGGAGAUCAUCAACAAGACUAUUUUCCUUCACUUAGCUCAGCUUUCAAUCUGUCAACCAGCUGCGAUCCUCACUUGAGACACAGUUCCUAUUGCAAAAACGCCAAACUGGCGAUGUCGGAGUCUUACGAUUUCCUGUUUAAAUUCCUGGUCAUUGGGAAUGCUGGAACCGGCAAAUCAUGUUUGCUGCAUCAGUUUAUAGAGAAGAGAUUUAAGGAUGAAUCAAAUCACACCAUCGGAGUGGAGUUUGGCUCGAAAAUCAUCAAUGUGGUUAGCAAAAUUGUCAAACUGCAGAUAUGGGACACAGCUGGACAAGAACGGUUCAGGUCAGUGACCAGAAGUUACUACAGAGGUGCAGCAGGAGCUCUGCUGGUUUAUGAUAUCACUAGUCGUGAGACCUACAACGCUCUCACCACGUGGCUGAGUGAUGCUCGAAUGCUGGCCAGUCAGAACAUCGUCAUCAUCCUGUGUGGGAACAAGAAGGAUUUGGAUGCUGACAGAGAGGUGACCUUCUUGGAGGCGUCUCGCUUUGCUCAGGAGAACGAACUGAUGUUCCUGGAGACCAGCGCUCUGACAGGGGAGAACGUGGAAGAAGCUUUUGUGCAAUGCGCUCGCAAAAUCCUUAACAAGAUAGAAUCAGGGGAGUUGGAUCCAGAGAGGAUGGGAUCGGGCAUCCAGUACGGAGAUGCUGCAUUGCGCCAGCUCCGUUCCCCCCGUCGCGCUCAGCCUCAAGGCACCCAGGAGUGUGGCUGCUAGUAGGCGAAUCACGGAGUGGAUAUUGAAGACAUCAACAGCCGGGCGGGACCUACAACGUUCCUGGUGACUGCCCCCAGACCUUUACGCAGAACUUUUGUCGCCAUGGCUGAACCAGCCAGGAACAGAGAAGCCUUUCCAGCCGGCCGUUCCCAUUAACAAAGCUCCUUGGUCACCGCACCGAGUCCACUUUGAAGCGACCCUCUCUGCGCUUUGCCCUCGAGGUAGAACAACUGGCAUCUAUGUACGUAUUGUAUUGGUUACAUUACAUUACAACUGCACUUCCCUUCCUACACUGCACAAUGAAACUGUAUAUAGAGCUUGGCGCAUGUUAUAUCAAAAUAUCAGAUGAUUUAAUUAUGAAAACAUUAUCGAAUCAGAUAUCCCGCGUGUGCUUCUUUUCCCCAUGUUUUAUUGUCAUCAUUAUGCGCUACGGUGUAUACAAGUAGUCUUGAUGGACAGCCGAUUGUAUAUUUUGUAAAUGGGUGGCGCCGGUUCUCGAUGCACUAACUAAUGUAAUAAAUGUACUUUUUAAUCCUUCUAUCCUACAGCUUAUUUAACUGAUGUGUAAAUUGAAAUACAUUUCCCAGUUAUUCUUCUUGAGCAUAAGCAACAUAGUAUCUGACACUGUAGCAUGUUUCAUCCAAAAGAUUUCAACAAAGAAUGUCCCUCAUUUAUUUGUGUUGCUUGUUUAUAUGACUGCUGUAGUUAAAAAAAAAAAAAAUCAACAAUCAAAUAUAUUUUUCCUCAACUGUUUGCAAAAUGUUGCAACACUGCCUCCAAAGCUUUUUUUUGUUGUAACUCUCUUUGUAUUAUUUUUUUUAAUUUGGAGAAUGAGCCAUGGCCUCAUAUAUAUUUUGAUACGCAUUCUAGACUCAAAAAGCAACGUUUAUGUUUAUUUUACAGUGUCCCUGUUAUGGAAACUAAAGUACACCAAAAAGUGAGGUAAUUACAAAUUGA